AUGAUCUCGAGCCUAUCAUCAGGGCCCACUGACUUCAAAGGUCUUCACUUGUUCCCAUGUGCUUCACGAACCGUACAGCUGGAUGUCGAUCUCGUUCGGAUCAACAAGGCCUACUUUCACAGCGAGCAAAGGCUCAAAGCGGUGGUCGUGUACCGGCAGAACAAAUGCGUUCUCAUUCGGAUGCUUGACGAGUUCGAAAGCUCAAAGGUAUGUGAGGCACAGGGUCCAUUUCAACGCUGUAGGAUCUCUAGCUCAGUAUCAUCCUCGGGAGCAAUCUUACAGGCGCACCGUCUUCAGCUCGAGUUCAACAGAGAAGAAGACGUCGAGUCCUUCUUAUCGCUCAUCGAGCCGGACAGCACCUUUCACGACGCUUGUCGGAAAGCCUUGCCGAAAGAGGAAAAGAGAAGCAGCUCGUCGAAAUCAGCGACGGAUGGAAAGGUCAAUCCUAGUGUAGAAGAGAAGAGCUACGAAAAUAAAACCAUCGCCUUUGACGACGCACAGCCGGAAAGUCAGAGUCAAGGUCUCGGAGAGAAGCUGUUGCAGCUCAACCAGACUCGCGAACGCCAACCAGUCGAGCCCGUCUCAGCUUCACCCCAACCCUCCCCGUCAUCGGGAAGUCAAAGUCUAAACGCUGGAUCGUCCAGCGCAAGCUGUCCGAAUUGCGCUCAUCCGAUCCGUCCACACAGCAGCGAAACCACCGCCUGCUCGCCAGACGCCAAGGCCUCGCUCGUUUCGGAUCCGGACAGCGCCACGAGCCUCUCUCCACGACAAACGCAGACACUCAUGACCGAAGUGACGGACGCAUCGAUGUAUGAGCAGGUCGACGAAGCCGACGAGGACUUUGACGACGGACUGUUCGGCUGGCCGGACCCAAGCGCCGUCGAGUGCAUCCAAGACGACGUUCGCAGGCUCUGCCUCACGCAUCCCUGCCUCGAUCGCAUGAUCGCCCACUGCGUAGAUGAAUACUUUCGAGAGCCUCGACAGAUGUAA